GUAGGUGUGUGUGAAGGGCAGAAGGAUCAGCUGGUGCCGCUGCUCCAGGGUCCGUCAGACACCACAGAUCUGCACAGCAGCCGCUGGUUGAGCGGGAGCCGUAAGCCUGCGUCUCUGCUGUCCCCCGACCUCCUGCAGCUCACUGUGCAGCUGCCGCAGCAGGAACACACACCCAACCCCGGUGCUGUUCUGUUGCUCAGUGUUCAGGGCAUUGCAGUGAAUCUGGAUCCGGUUCUGUCGUCCUGGCUGCUGUUCCACCCGCAGAGAACCAGCGGCAGCAGACAGACACAGCAGGUCUCCAUGGCGAUGAAGAAGAGGAGGGAGGAUGAAGCUUCAGUCGGCAGCGCUGCACUGACCAGACAAGCCAGCAACCAGAACUCUGACUACACCAGCAGCCCAGUCAAGACCAAAACUGUGACAGAGUCCAGGCCUCUCUCUAUCCCAGUAAAGGUUUUUCCAUCGGCUGAGGAAUGUCCCGUAAGUCCAGAGGAGCAGAUGAAGAACCUGAUCACACACACCUGGAACGCCGUCAAACACCUCACACUACAGGUGGAGCUGCAGUCCUGCUGUGUGUUCCUGCCCUCCGACACACUGCCGUCUCCCAGUACGCUGGUGUGUGGGGACGUCCCGGGCACGGUGCGCAGCUGGUACCACAGUCAGGUGUGUAUGCCGGGCACGCUGGUGGUGUGUCUGCCGCAGAUCAGUGUGUUGAGCGCAGGACACCGCCGCAUGGAGCCGCUGCAGGACGGCCCGCUCACUGUGCCCAGACCCGUGCUGGAGGAGGGCGGUGCGUUCCCCUGGACGGUGUGUGUGCGUCAGCUGAGUGUGUAUUCUCUGCUGGGUCAUCAGCGCUCUCUCAGUGUGGUGGAUCCUCUGGGCUGCACCUCCACACUGGCCCUCACUGCACCCCGACUGCAGCCGGCCGCCCGAGACGCCUUCAUCAUCUGCCUGCAUGUGGACCUGCAGCCGCUGCAGCUGCAGUGCUCCAACCCACAGGUCCAGCUGGUGUGUGCUCUGUGGUGCCGCUGGAUGCAGAUCUUCAGUGUGUUGGAGCGUCUGCAGACUCGAGGAGCUCAGAGAGCGGCUGCGGGUUUCCCAGAAUGCUCUGCUCCAGCCGCUGGCCCCGCCUCCCCUGUGCACAGCAGCGCCGGCACCGCCCCGCCCGACACCAGCACCUGCAGCCCGUCUGCUGACCUGGGCACGCCCACUGAGGCUGACUCUGCGCACACAGACGACCCCGCGGCCGGCGAGACCCUGACCCUGGAGCAGCAGACCUGCAGCAUCAGCGGCUCCAGCAGGAGACUCAGCGUCUGGAUGCAGUGGAUGCUGCCGAGACUCACACUCAAGCUGUUCUCCAGCGAGCCCGCGAGCAGAACCACCGGUACACACAACACACACACACACACACACACACACACACAGAAACAGGAAGUGGCUCUGAGCGUGCGGCCGCCGGGAUCACAGCUGUGUGGACAGAAGAACACACAGAGACUGACAGAGAGCUGA